CUGAAUUCCGAGGUGAAACAAAUUUCACAGAGACUUGCGUGUGAUCGAAUUGCUAAGACUUUUGGCGAAAGUUAUUUUAUAUUUAAUCAAUUUUUAAUAAUUUAAUUAUAAUCAAUAAGAAUAUAUACCCCCAAAUAUCCCUCCCAUUAGUUAGGUAGCUUGUUAUAACGCAGGGCACAAUUUUUUUUAAAUAAGUGCCAGUAAGUGUGGUGUUUUUUAAUUACGUGAAUAAAAAAUGAAUAAUUAUUUGAGGGAGUAUGUAGAUACCUAUAACCCUCACGAAAUGUACUCAAACACAUACAGUUUAUGGCAAAGGUCACAGUAUUAUGAUACAAACAAUUUGAGUUUGAGAAAUUUUAUUUCUAAGGAGCGGGAAAAUCCUAAGAAAUGUGAUAAAGCGGAAUCAAGUAAUAUAAAGAAUGUGCGCGUUAUUACUAGAAAUUCACUUUAUGAAGAUCCCGAAUUAUUUCAUUACGCUUUAGAUUUUUCUACCACCCCACAAGACCCUAACUACGAAUGCUACUACACAACUCUCGCCCCUAUGUUGGGGGAGAAUUGGAUGCAAGACUGGUUAAAAGUCGGCGAAUCGUCCCGGGACACGAUGUUGCCUCCGAUCGGCAGCCGACCUCAGAGCUCCAGCAGGAUGCAGAGCUACUUUGAUCGGCCAGCGAUGGAGAAAACCGUGGAAAGCAUGGUACAGAACGUGGGCUGGCAAGGAGAAGACUUGGCAAAGACUGCCGAGCGAAUAUUAGAACCCAUUGGCACGCACACAGCCUUUGCCAUAAGACCAUCGCAUCACAAAGACUCGAGCAUAAAACCCAACCAACUGAAAGAGGAGCUCGACAUAGUAAACUUUAACACCAAUGUGCUUCUAAAUAUUCUGGAAUUUGUGAAGAACGACACUGAGAUAGAGAUAAUGUUCGCCAAGUCACUGCUCAAGGAGGAAAGGAAGCGCAUACACUGCGUGGUGAAUGAGUUGAUCAAUGGCGAUAACUCAAGUGAUUAUGAUAAUGUAGCUCAAAUAGACUUGGUCAAGAAGAUAAACGCGCAGAACUGUUAUACGCUGGCCACGCUCACUGAGGGAGUGGCGCCCAACCGUCAAGUGAGUGUAUUCAAAGAAGCGCCUAGCCACAUUUAUCUGGUUACUCCAGACGACUUGCGAGUGCAGCGCCCUCCGGAGGUGAGCGAUGACGGCGAAGACCAAAAUCCACAGCCAGGGGUCGUCAAUCCGUUCUUAAAGAGCAUCACAAAGAAAAUACUAGACUUGCCAAAUAAUAAACCAACACAGUACAGCACAGCUGUAACCAACAUCAUCGAAUAUUUCAGAGAAUUCUCUCUUCGUCAGACUUACACUGAGUUUAGGUUCCUAGGGCCGUUCACCCGACGGGAGGUGGAUUAUAUAAACAUCUUCCUGAAUUUGGUGGCGCAUUGUGUUGAGAACAAGUUCGAAGGCCUGCGCCAAGACCUCGUGGAUAUAUACAAGAAUAUAAAAAUCAAACUGAAAAUAUUUCCAGAUGUCAAUGGCAGCGUUAUGUUGCAAAAAUCCCAGAAAGAAGACAAAAGGAAGGUAAAUUAAUUACUUUUUAUAAUUAACUCAUUUCAAAAUUCGGAGUUGAGUCUCGAACGGGUGUUCUACGUCAAUUGUAAUGUAUAUUCUUUUAUAGGCGUAGUAACUCGUAAUAUUUAUUAUGUCCACUGUGAUUGGGCUAGUGCGGUGGACAUACACCUUAACAGGGGAUUUUAGAGCUCUGGCCCUUGAGAACAUAUUGUAAAGGUGUCCCAAAAUGGCUUACUCUUCAACAUUCAACACUAAUUAAGCCAUCAAAUGGUGAAAUAUGAAAUAUUAAUAAGCCUCGACUGAAAAUUAAAACAUCUGUAAAACGGAAUACACACUGAAUUCUCCAAUUCAUCGAUAUAUGUCGUCGGGCUUCUGGUUUUUGAGUUAGAAGGCGUCGUGGCGCUGGCAUUAUCGCUGUGUUUAUUGAUAUGCUGGCACUACAAUUGGCGAUAUUUGGCCAAUGUAAUAUCAAAUUAGCACGAAGAACAUAUAGUUCGCAUUGCUAUGCUCAAAAGUGGCAAAUAUUUUGACGAAUACGCUAACUAUUGUGCCAGCAUUUGACGUCAGAUAUCUCGAUCAGUUGAGUAAGUACAUGCAGCUGCAAUGUUGUCAGAGCACGUGGCUGUAAGCUGCAAACGUUUAAGUAUUUUUUUUUUAUAAUUCCUGCCAGAAAGUCUGUCGUGUCAGGAGGUCGGGUUCGAAUUUUAGAGCGCAUAUAAGAGAGUUUAUUGCUCACGGUAUAUUUAAUACGAGUUUCAGCGGCGAGGGUCAAUAUAACCCGAUUCCUGCCGACUUCCCUUUGCGUAGAAUUUAUGUAGUAUCUAAUUAUGAUUAGAAUGAUUUGCAUACCGCAUUCAUGUAUAUUAGUAUCUAUAUGUUGCGUCGGAUUCUCUUUCGGAAAAUUUCACCUUUCGCCACUUAUGAGUUGGAUGUUGAAUUUGGGGCACCAUGUAUAAUUCUGUAAGGAUAUGGACGUAACCCAAUGUUUUACAUAUUGACCAAGGCAUUUAUAGAGAUUAUUUUUAAAAUUGGUUACGGAUAUUUAUUUUAAUCUCAACGAUUCAACAUGUUAAAUAUCGCAACAAUCUCUUGAUGAGAUUUAAAAGUAAUAUGUAAAAAUUACAUUUUGUGAAAUUUCUAAAUCGCGUAAAAACAAAUGAAUGUUACUCUGAUUGUUUCCUAUGUUUGAAUAAACUGCAAGGUGAAUUUUAAACGCACAAUAAAUGAAUUAGUGCAUUUGUGGCGUAUCGAAUAUGAAUUAAUUUUAACACAUCUUCAUCUCAUAAUAAAACGCAAUAACUACGUGUACAUUAUGUAUGACGUAAUAAAUAUUUGUAUAUUUUUUGUAGUUGGUGUAUCAUUGAGCACAAGGUUUUCGUAUAUGGAUAGGUAGUCGUCUCUGCGGACGAUUUUGGCGAAUAUACAGGGUGGUACAAUUAAGUGUGUAAUCGAUUGUAUCUAGAAUUUAAUGCUCUCGCGCAUUGUAGUGCUUUUUGAUUUAAAUUUCUGGCGUUUCUGUUCUUUAUGAACAUUCAUGAUAACUACUUUGUCAUUUGUUUGUUAAAGAAAUAAAUAAAAGCAACAAAUUUUCCUUAAUAAAAUAAAGUUUCAUGAAGUUUCCGUUGAAAAACAAGUUGGAAACUUAAAAUAUAUAAAUCGGCGACAAUAUUUUGGGUACAUUAUUUUCUUUCCGUGGAUAUUUUUCCGUUUGAUUGACUUAGAUAUAUGGACUUACAUCUGGUAAAAGUAGGUAUUUUAUCAUUCUUUAAAUUGACGAAAUAAUCGAGUAAACACAAAAAUGGCCCACCCUGUAUAUAACAUUGUAAUGUUACGGAGGAUAAUAUUAACUAUUAAAGUAGUUUAGACGUAAUUAUUACUUUUUAGUGGCACGUACUGCAUUGAGGGGUUUUAUAAUGUAGACGUGGUUAACGGUGAAAAUGACAUUAAUUUAACAUUCAUUCACUCUAGCAUAAUAUGAGACUAGCGGCUGGUUUUUAAGGUCUCUUGAAGGUAUGAUUGCGUUGGCUGAACGACAAUGCGACCUUAAGAACCAGCCGUUAGGUAUAAUUUAGUCUUUAUAUUUAUGAGCAUAGUGCUCUUGUAUACUGCCUGUUUUAAAGUCGCGCACUUAUAAUAUUAUUCGCGCAGUAAGACUAUUAAAUUUAAGUGUCGUUUGUAUGUAUGUAGUAGAUGAUGCGCUAUUUUGGUGUAGUUUUUUUUUAUUGAUCCACCUUAGCGCAGUUUUUAGUUUGGAAGAUCUGAUACAUUCGCUAUGUAAGGAGAAAUGUUUGACCUUUGUGAAAUCAUGGACAUAGCGGAAGAACAGUGCAAAGUUAACCGCUUUGCAGAAAGAGGCAAAGCAAUGUUUGUCUCUUGUUUAUUGAACUAUGGUGAUGAAAGCGCAUAUGCCGAACUUACCCGCCACUGGAAGUCUGUGACGAAGACCUAUAAUGUUUCUAGAGAAGAUAACUACUGGCCGCAUGAUUGUUCUAUCUAUGAUUUGUACCUAUAUUUCCUUGGCUAGAUAGGAAGGUACAGUCCAUUCUCUAUGUCUAACGUUAAGACUAGCAUAAGUUAAGUUUAAAGUCUACAUUACGGUUGUGAGCUGAUUGCUCUUAUGUGGAGAAAUUCCUGUCUGGUGAAUAUGACUUUUUUAUAACAAAAAUUCACCCGACGUAAUUCGUAUUAAGUUAGUUUUAAUGUUUGUUUUUAUAUCAACGAAGAAAUGUUCUUAGUAAUUUUCUCAUAAAGACGUUUUCUUUGAUUGCUGCUUUUUUAUAUGAAUUUCGUUCUAAAGCUAUAUAGUUAUUUAAAAAGCCUUUGGCCGAUGUUUUUGGCAUGUAAACUAUUAGGACCUACGAAGUUGCGCUUCGAGCGGUGAGUGACAGCGCCGAGCGAGCGAGACAGAUGUACGAGGGGAUGGGAAGAAUACACGAGACAGAGCAGUGCGGAUAGCGUCGUCGCUACUUAGCGUUCGUAGGACAGGCGCGAAUGUCAUUUACUAUGAAACUAAACAUUUCGAUAGAAUCCUGGUUGCGACAUAUUGCUUAGUGAAUAAGUAGGGUUUAUGAAAUUACUUGAUUUUGAUGUAAUAUCAUUAGUUUAAGUGAAGUUGAUAUGUUUAUACAGCGUGUCCUCAAUAUUUAUCUGUGCAAUACAUUAAGUUAGUUUUAAGAUUCAUAUAGAUAGAGAUAUAAAAGGUAAAAAUCAUAAAAAAAUCCCAAUGUAAAUAUUAUAUUAUACGAAAACGUAAAUACUCAAUGAAACCUAUACUAACUAAUGUAACAUGAUAAUUUAUCUAAGUUCUUAACUAAUGCGCUGUUAGAAAUUCGCCUCAAACCAGAGAUAUGUUGCAUAAUUGUGCUAUAAUAUUUUCCUAUUAGCGCAAUAAAGAUAGCGCGUGAAGUCCUUGGAUCUCUUUUGGUGAAUACUUCAUAAACAACUAUUAUACUCGUCUCCCUUUAAGGAGGCUUUAAUACAAGAUAUAACUUAUACACAUUGCGAAUAAAGGCUUAGUGGUGGUAUACGCACAUUAAUUUUCUGCGUUCCUGAUUAAUUUGUUCCUGAAUAUUUGUUUAUGGAAUCGAAUAUUUCUAAGAUUAAGAUGUCUUAUUAUUCCAUGAAUAUUUCACGAUAUUCAUAAGUAGUUUUUAAUUACCAAAAAAGAAAUGGGGUAAUUAGAAGGGUAAAACAUAAACGUGCACUCAGAUUGUUUGUAAUAUGUGAACGACAGAUAAUUCUGUAUAAAAUUGUGGACAAAAUUCGUAAUAAGUAACAAACACUAUGCAGAUCACAACUGAUUGACGUUCAUUUUUGGGAAUUAAAACUAGUUGUCUAUAAUAACAUAAUGAUAUGUGUUCCUAAUUCCUAUGGUGCAUUCUUAGCCCAGGUAUUCACUAUAUCCCUUAGUAGCAAUGAAUAAAAAUAUUGCGUUUCCAUAUAAGUAGGUAAUUAAGUGUAUUAGUUGAAUAAUAUAAAAAUAAUCAGUUGGUAAGUAACGUCGAUAUACUUCGUCACUUGAAAAUGUAAUCAUAUCUAAGCGACAAAUGUACCGAAAAUUACCUAUGUGCAUAUUUGAAAUUAUCAGACUUUCUGCAUCAUUUGAUCCAGGUUUUAAAUGUCUAGGACAAAUUUGAUAUUAGUUUUUUAAGUAAAUAAUAUUAUGUAGUUUAAUUAUUAUAAUGAAUUUUCUUAUUCAAAUCAAAACUGAUUCUCGUUUAGAUAUGAUGCUUUUCAAGCGUCGAUGUGCUUUUGAAUGCAUUUGAGCAUAAUUCAUUUAAUAAUUUGAUUUUUUAAACUUGGUCAACUUUGUGGAUGUUCAUUAAUAUAAUUCAAAUAUGUUACGAUGAUUAUGUAUUUAGAUACGUAGAUUAGUUUGAUACGAUUCCCUAAUUCGUGAGUAUAGAUACUAGAGAAAGUGAGUCCUACAAUCCUUAAUUGUCAAUACGCUUUUAUCUGGAAUUAUAUUUGUCGCAUAAUAGAAACUAAUAACUACUAAUAAGUAAUACUUGAAUUUGUUUAUAAAAAUGUUCUAGAACAUGCACAAAAUACGCAAAAUUAAAACCAUAAACAUUACACGAACUAAGAUUAACUUAUAACAAAGAAAAGUUAAUGUAAGUUUUGUAUGUAAUUUAAAUAUGCGUUAUAAUUUUAAGUAGAAUUUACAAAUGUUUUAAUUUUUGAAGCCGGCUCUGGCGUAGAUCAAGGACUGUUUCAGCGGCUGGAUAGAAAGGGAUGCCUAACCCGAAUUUUCUUACGCCUUUUGAACUAAAGAUUGCUGAAGUAGUAUGAGACGACCUGUAUAAGGUCAUCAAUAGCGAAAAUGGCCUUGGAUCUCAAUACUCCAGGGCCGGAUCUGUAUAGUUAAUACUUUAUUUUGUGUAAACAUAUUAGUAUAAAAUUCAAACUGAUAAUGUCGUUGCCUUUGUUAAUAGUGGCACAAUAUAAAAAAAAAAAGUUUUCAUUAUUAUUUUAUACAGUUUAUAGUACAGUUUUUGUAUUUUAAACUCUAUAGUUCGAUUACCAAAGGCUGGCACAAUCACAGUGCUCGCACUAAUGCAAUUUUAGAAAAUAUGUAAAAAAAUGGUUUAUAAAAAAAAAAGAAGGGAAAGAUACAUAUCUGUCAACAAAACAUCACGCUAUAUUUUUUAACUUUGUACUUGAACAAUGUGUUGUAUAAACACAUUAUAUUUGUAAGUUCUGCGAAUAAACGUAUGUUCAUCAUAUUAAUAUACACACGUUGUCAAUGAGUUAUACGCGUCAGCUUUUGGUAAUAACUAAGUACUAUACGAUUUCAGUAAUUAUGUGUUGUUAAUGUGUUUAAAGUAUACUAAAUAUAGAUUUAUUACUUUCAAAACAAAAAAAAAGUGAAGUUUAUUAUCUUAUGCUAAACAAAAGUAUAUUUUUAAUUAAUUUCACUAUUUACUGAAUUAAUAUUUAGCGUUAGGUAUACAUACAUACAUUUUACUGGUUCUUUAGAAUUAAGUCGAACGGUAUUUUAGUCCCCUAGCCUCUAAUUUAUCAUCCAGAUAUUUUAUAAAAUGCUAUUCAUAUUUUUGUAUAGAAUUGGAGGUAUAAUUGUAUUAUGGUCCCUAUUUUAAAAAGGCAACGAUGUGCACUAGAUUAAUUAUUAUACUUACGUCGAUGUGAAACUAUAAUAACCAUGUAUUUAUUUAUACGAAUAAAUGAUUUAACAAAAUAA